GCCCGUUUAGGGGUCACAGCGCCGCGGCUCGGGGGCCGGCCGGGUGGCCGGCGGCGGCCGUGGCUCGGCGGGACCCGCGGGGCCGGGGGGCUCCUGGGGGUGUGCGCCCCCAGCCGGCUGCUCUCGUGGAUGCCUCCCGGCGGCGGCGGGCCCAUGAAAGACUGCGAGUACAGUCAGAUCAGCACCCACAGCUCCUCCCCCAUGGAGUCGCCCCACAAGAAGAAGAAGAUCGCGGCCCGGAGGAAAUGGGAGGUGUUCCCGGGGAGAAACAAGUUCUUUUGCAACGGGAGGAUCAUGAUGGCCCGGCAGACGGGCGUCUUCUACCUGACGCUCAUCCUCAUCCUGGUCACUAGUGGACUCUUCUUCGCCUUCGACUGUCCAUACCUCGCGGUGAACAUCACCCCCGCCAUCCCCGUGGUCGGUGGCAUCCUGUUCUUCUUUGUGAUGGGGACUCUGCUUCGGACUAGCUUCAGUGACCCGGGAGUCCUCCCUCGAGCCACUCCUGAUGAAGCUGCUGAUCUGGAAAGGCAAAUAGAUAUCGCCAACGGCACCAGUUCAGGGGGGUACCGCCCACCUCCCAGAACCAAAGAAGUCAUCAUCAAUGGCCAGACUGUGAAACUAAAGUACUGUUUUACCUGCAAGAUUUUCCGCCCCCCUCGAGCCUCCCACUGCAGCCUGUGUGAUAACUGCGUAGAGCGAUUUGAUCACCACUGUCCCUGGGUAGGCAACUGUGUGGGGAAAAGAAACUACAGAUUUUUUUAUAUGUUUAUUUUAUCCCUGUCUUUUCUGACAGUCUUUAUAUUUGCAUUCGUUAUCACCCACGUCAUUCUUCGUUCACAGCAAACGGGAUUCCUCAAUGCCCUUAAGGACAGUCCAGCAAGCGUGCUCGAGGCCGUGGUGUGCUUCUUCUCCGUCUGGUCCAUCGUUGGCCUCUCAGGUUUCCACACGUACUUGAUCAGCUCCAACCAGACAACAAAUGAAGAUAUCAAAGGAUCUUGGUCCAAUAAAAGAGGUAAAGAAAAUUACAAUCCCUACAGCUACGGAAAUAUCUUCACAAAUUGCUGUGUUGCCCUGUGUGGGCCCAUCUCCCCCAGCCUAAUCGACAGAAGAGGAUACAUCCAGCCUGACACGCCUCAGCCAGCAGCACCAUCCAACGGGAUCACUAUGUACGGGGCCACGCAAUCGCAGAGUGACAUGGCGCGGGUUAUGUACGAUUUUGCUGCUGAACCUGGAAACAAUGAGCUGACAGUUAAUGAAGGGGAGAUCAUCACAAUUACAAACGCGAAUGUUGGUGGUGGAUGGCUAGAAGGACGAAACAACAAAGGAGAACAAGGGCUUGUUCCCACAGACUAUGUGGAGAUUUUACCCAGUGAUGGAAAAGAUCAGUUUUCUUGUGGAAAUUCCAUGGCGGACCAAGCUUUCCUUGAUUCCCUCUCAGCAAGCACUGCUCAAGCCAACUCCUCUUCUGCCAACAGCAAUAACCAGGUUGGUGGUGGCAAUGACCCUUGGUCAGCCUGGAAUGCCCCCAAAUCUGGGAACUGGGACAGCUCAGAUGCCUGGGGCAGCAGGACAGAUGGAGCUGGCGCUCAGAGGAACAGCACUAACAACUGGGACACUGCCUUCGGCCACCCACAGGCCUACCAAGGACCAGCAACUGGUGAUGAUGAUGAAUGGGAUGAAGAAUGGGAUGACCCCAAGUCCUCCUCUUCUUACUUUAAGGACUCGGAAUCAGCUGAGGCAGGGGGUGUCCAGCGAGGAAACAGCCGUCCAGGUGCCUCGUCCAUGAAGCUGCCCCUUAACAAGUUUCCUGGAUUUGCGAAGCCUGGCAUGGAACAGUACUUGUUGGCCAAGCAGCUAGCAAAGCCCAAAGAGAAAAUCCCCAUCAUUGUUGGAGAUUAUGGCCCAAUGUGGGUUUAUCCUACCUCUACUUUUGACUGCGUGGUAGCAGAUCCCCGAAAAGGUUCCAAAAUGUACGGUCUGAAGAGCUACAUUGAGUACCAGCUAACCCCCACCAACACUAAUCGAUCUGUAAACCACAGAUAUAAGCACUUUGACUGGCUGUAUGAGCGUCUCCUAGUUAAGUUCGGGUCUGCCAUUCCGAUCCCUUCUCUUCCAGACAAGCAGGUGACAGGUCGCUUUGAGGAGGAAUUUAUCAAGAUGCGCAUGGAGCGGCUCCAGGCCUGGAUGACGAGGAUGUGCCGGCACCCGGUGGUGUCGGAGAGUGAAGUUUUCCAACAGUUCCUGAACUUCCGGGAUGAGAAGGAAUGGAAAACUGGAAAGAGGAAGGCUGAGAAAGACGAGCUGGUGGGAGUCAUGAUAUUCUCCACAAUGGAACCGGAGGCUCCUGACUUGGACUUGACAGAAAUAGAACAGAAGUGUGAUGCUGUGGGGAAGUUCACCAAGGCCAUGGAUGACGGUGUGAAGGAGCUGCUCACGGUGGGCCAGGAGCACUGGAAACGCUGCACAGGCCCCUUACCCAAGGAGUAUCAGAAGAUCGGGAAGGCUUUGCAGAGUUUAGCAACAGUGUUUAGCUCCAGCGGUUACCAAGGUGAAACAGAUCUGAACGACGCGAUAACAGAAGCCGGGAAGACAUACGAGGAGAUCGCCAGCCUGGUGGCCGAGCAGCCAAAGAAGGACCUCCACUUCCUGAUGGAGUGCAACCAUGAAUACAAAGGCUUUCUUGGCUGCUUCCCGGACAUCAUUGGUGCUCACAAGGGAGCAAUAGAAAAAGUGAAAGAAAGUGAUAAGCUGGUUGCAACCAGUAAAAUCACCCCUCAAGACAAGCAGACGAUGGUGAAGCGUGUCGGCACCAUGUCUUACGCUUUACAAGCUGAGAUGAACCACUUCCACAGUAACCGGAUCUACGAUUACAACAGUGUCAUCCGUCUCUAUCUGGAGCAGCAAGUGCAGUUCUAUGAAACAAUCGCAGAAAAGCUGAGGCAGGCCCUUGGCCGCUUCCCGGUUAUGUAGACCAGGACUGAACAAAACUGAACUCCGAAGUGCUUCUUUCUGACCUGGGGCAAUGCAAUUCAAUUUAUUUCCCUAUUAUAAGAGACAGAGACAAAGAAAGGAAGAAAACCAAAAAGAAAUAAGUUGACAAAAACCUGUUUCUGUCAUUAGCCAGCCCAAGUGAAUAGUUCCUUAGGGACGGCCUUCUUUGGUUCAUUUUGACACAUGUUAGUUACCCAGUGGGAAAUGUCUAUUUUUGGAAAAUACUUAAAUUUAUCAAGAUUUUGAAUGGAGAAAUAGGGGUUCCUCCUCCUGGUAUUUUACAUAGAAUCGUAAUUUAUACAUUACCCAUGAUCUUCCAGUUCUUACCCAAUGUCAAAUAAUUAAUACUAAUUGCUUUCUUAAAAAUAUGAAAUAUGCCAGAAUAAAAAUAUAUCUUUGUAUAUUUUUAUAACUCUUUCAGUCCUUUGGGGUCCCUGUCUGUAGGGAAGUCUGCAGUCCCCCACUGGCACAGCUGCAGUUCAAGUGCUCACAGUGGGGGGAAGUAGAGAGGGCCCCCAGACUGCCCACACCCUCAAGGUGCGUGGUGGGUAGAGCGGGUGAGUAGAGCCGCCUCCCCCUGCUGCCCACCGGGUCACUCUUCCUGUGCUGGGCCUAUGUGAAGUCCCACACUGUCUGCACUCCUUCCCAGUUCAAGGUCAGGCACGUGUUAUGCCAGCAGAGUAAGUGAGAAAAGGUGAGGGCUUUGUCCCCCUGCCCCAGGUGGGUAGCCACACUGACUCCUAUGCCCAGGAGCUGCUGGGAAGGGAGCAGUCAGCCUCCUCCGCCAGAGUGUCCACCCCUCCGCUCGCUCUCCGUCCCUCGGCUCUCCACCGGAUGAGAGAGAGGUGCAGCUGCUGGCCUCCUGGUUUGGAGCAGCAGGCUGGUCAGGAUUCUCUGAAAAGAUGAACCCGGAGUUCAGCACCUCUUCCCGUCCUGGAGAAUGGGAAAGUUAACUGAAGUGGGCGGCAGCUUGAAGGCUGUGCGGUAAAGCGGAUGGGGAGCGCUGCCUGACCGUCUGGGCCGUGUCCCACCUUCAGAGGCUCCUGGUCCUGGCUCGGGCUGACAGCACAGAGCACACACUGCCGCCCUCCUGCAGACGUGUCCCCUUCCACAGUUGCCUUACGACUUGAUCCACUGCUCUCACUUUUCUGAUCUGAUGAUUCUGUUAUAGAGAAUGGGAAGUCUGGGCCAGAGUCAAUGAAUGAAACCAAAAAUAAGUAGCUGAGAAAAUCCAAUGAACACGAAUAUGAGAACUUCUUGUUCCUUGAUAUCACGGGUUUUUGUUAAUGUUUUAUAAGUAAUUUUCCCCUACUUGAUUUUUCUUUUAUAAAAUUCCAUAGAACAGUGUUUAUGAUACAACCAUUUAAUAUAUGUACAAAUUGUAAAGAAUAUGUAUAAAUAUUUUACAUAAAUGUAAGAGCAUGUAGAAGCCAAUAUAUAAAUAAAUUGUUUAAAAAAUUGUA